ACACCGAGGCUCAGACCACAGAAAGAGGCACACAGGCGGCCUUAGCUGGGCAGGGCCGGGCGGGCAGGUAGGGAAGCGGGGAGGAAGAGGGACGCCAGCCCCGCUGCUAGGCGAACCGCAGCCUCGAACCGGGUUCUCCCGGCAGCCAUGGAGGCGCCUCGCAGCGGCCUCGGUAGCCAUGGCGGCGGCCGUGUGACGUCAGGCGGCAGCAUGGCGGCGGGCGGGCUGCUGUGGCUGGCGGCGGCGCUGGGGCCGGCGGCGGCCGCGCCGCGCUACCGCCCGGACUGGGCCAGCCUGGACGCGAGGCCGCUGCCGGCCUGGUUCGACCAGGCCAAGGUGGGGGUGUUUGUGCACUGGGGGGUGUUCUCCGUCCCGGCCUGGGGCUCCGAGUGGUUCUGGUGGCACUGGCAGGGCGAGCACCGCGCGGACUACGAGGGCUUCGUGCCGCGGUACCCGCCCGACACCACCUACGCGGACUUCGCGCCUCACUUCACUGCCCACGACUUCCAGCCCCGUGAGUGGGCCCAGCUCUUCCAGCGGGCUGGUGCCAGGUAUGUGGUACUGACCACAAAGCAUCAUGAAGGCUUUACCAACUGGGGGUCACCUGUGUCCUGGAACUGGAAUUCUCUGGAUACUGGGCCCCACCGAGAUCUUGUAGGGGAGCUGGGACAAGCCCUCAAGGAGAGCAACAUACGCUAUGGCCUGUAUCACUCUCUGUUAGAGUGGUUCAAUCCACUCUAUCUAGCUGACAAAGAAAGUGGCUUCAAGACCCAGAACUUUGUUUUAAAGAAGACCAUGCCAGAACUUUACGAUCUUGUCUUAAUAUAUAAACCAGAUUUGAUUUGGUCGGAUGGAGACUGGGAAGCUCCGGAGUCCUACUGGAAUUCUACCUCUUUCCUUGCCUGGCUUUAUAACGAUAGUCCUGUCAAGGACAUUGUUGUUGUUAAUGAUCGUUGGUGUAAUAACUGCUCUUGCCAUCAUGGAGGCUACUACAAUUGCGCUGACAAAUACCAGCCCAGGACCCUGCUAGCUCACAAGUGGGAGAUGUGCUCCUCCAUUGACAAGCUUUCCUGGGGCUAUCGAAGCAACAUGAACGUUGCUGAGUUAAUGGAUGAAGCAAGUAUCAUUGAGGAGCUAGUGCAGACUGUGAGUUUUGGAGGCAACUACCUUCUCAAUGUGGGGCCUACAAAAGAAGGAGUGAUCGUUCCCAUCUUCCAAGAAAGACUUCUGGCCCUUGGGAGGUGGCUGGACACUAAUGGGGAGGCAAUUUAUGAAUCAAAGCCAUGGAGAGUACAGAUGGAGAACAGCACAGACACGGUCUGGUACACUUCUAAGGGACCAGUUGUCUAUGCCAUCUUUCUGAUCUGGCCUCAGGACAAUGUUUUGGAGCUGUCCUCGCCUGUUCCAUCCCCAGCCACACAAGUGACGAUGUUGGGUUUUGCAGGGACUCUGAAGUGGCAGAAGUCCUCAGGUAAAGGACUGCUCAUAACUUUGCCCUACAUGCUUCCAUCUCCUCUGCCCCCUCAGUCUGGCUGGACUGUCAAGCUUGAGGGUGUGAAGUAACAGCCGCGGGAUAAAAGCAGCAAUCUCCCUCUGCCUUUCUUUUAAAUUGAAUCUAAGAGGAUUUUUCAUUUAUUGUUGAAUAAAUGUUUUUCUCUUAAGAGAAUCUUCUAA